AUGAGCAGACCUCCAGGAAACACGAUUGAGGGUCCUGAACGGUGGUCGACCAUUAUUUCUGCUCUGAGCGUAACUCUGAGCGGCUACGAGCUGCGGGUCUCCUGCGCUCAGCGGGUACGUGGCCUGGACGUGAGCGCGCAGCAGCGCAGCGCAGAGCAGGAGGCUCCAGAGAGCGCACUUCAUCCUGUCACUGUCCGUCCGUCUGUCCGUCUGUCUGACUGUCUGUCUGCCCGCUGUCCGUCCCUGAGCAUCAGCCCUGCGGGGGUCAAAUAUGAGCAGACCUCCAGGAAACACGUCAGACGUGUCCGUCCAAUCCAGAGCCUGAGCGCGCCGUCAGCCGCGGGAGGUGAAGAAACCCACCGGCCUGGAGGGAGGUCCGGCCUCCUCACAGCACCGGCCUGGAGGGAGGUCCGGCCUCCUCACAGAACCGGCCUGGAGGGAGGUCAGGCCCUCCUCACAGAACAGGUUUCAUUGACAACAACGGUGCCAGAAAAAACAACAACAAAAGAAAGCACUAUAAACGGUGGAAUACGUGGCUCCGCCGUCGCCGGCUCCAGUCUAGCACGAGUGCCAUCCCCAGGGGGGCUCCGCCGUCGCCGGCUCCUCUCCUGCCCUAGUCCGUCCCCCACAGAGGCUCAGCCAUCGCCGGCUCCAGUCCGGCCCGCACAGUGGCUCAGCCGUCGCCGGCUCCAGUCCGGCCGGAGUCCGGCCCCCACAGUGUCCCAGCCAUCGCCGGCUCCAGUCCGGCCCCCACAGUGGCUCAGACGUCGCCGUCUCCACUCCGGGCCGAGUCCGGCCCCCACAGUGGCUCAGCCAUCGCCGGCUCCAUUCCUGCCCGAAUCCGGCCCCUACAGGGGCUCAGCCGUCGCCGGCUCUAUUCCGGCCCGAGUCAAGCCCUCACAGGGGCUCCGCCGUCGCCGGCUCCAGCCCAGCCCGAGUCCGAUCCCCAGGGGGGGCUCCGCCGUCGCCGUCUCCUCUCCUGCCCUAGUCCGUCCCCCACAGUGGCUCAGCCGUCGCCGGUUCCACUCCGGCCCGAGUCCGGCCUCCACAGUGCCUCAGCCGUCGACGAACCACUCCGGCCGUAGUCCGGCCCCCAAAGUGGCUCAGACGUCGCCGGCUCCAGUCCGGCCCGAGUCCGGCCCCCACAGUGGCUCAGCCAUCGCCGGCUCCACUCUGGCCCGAGUCCGGCCCCCAGAGGGGCUCAGCCGGGCUCCGCCGUCGCCGGCUCCAGUCCGGCCCGAGUCCGGCUCCCACAGUGGCUCCGCCGUCGACGGCUCCACUCCGGCCCUAGUCCGGCCCCCAAAGUGGCUCAGACGUCGCCAGCUCCAGUCCGGCCCCCACAGUGGCUCAGCCUUCGCCGGCUCCACUCCGGCCCUCAGAGGGGCUCCGCCGUCGCCGGCUCCAGUCCAGCACGAUGGCUCAGACGUCGCCUGCUCCAGUCCGGCCCGAGUCCGGCUCCCACAGUGGCUCCGCCGUCGACGGCUCCACUCCGGCCCUAGUCCGGCCCCCAAAGUGGCUCAGACGGCGCCAGCUCCAGUCCGGCCCGAGUCCGACCACCACAGUGGCUCAGCCGUCGCCGGCUCCACUCCGGCACGAGUCCGGCCCCUAGAGGGGCUCAGCCGUCGCCGGCUCCAGUCCGGCCGCCACAGUGGCUCAGCCGUCGUCGGCUCCAGUCCGGCCCGAUCCGGCCCGAGUCCGGCCCCCACAGUGGCUCAGACGUCGCCGUCUCCACUCCGGCCCGAGUCCGGCUCCCUGAGGGGCUCCGCCGUCCCCGGCUCCACUCCGGCCCGAGUCCGGCCCCCACAGUGGCUCCGCCGUCGACGAUCCAUUCCGGCCGUAGUCCGGCCCCCAAAGUGGCUCAGACGUCGCCGGCGCCUUUCCGGCACGAGUCCGGCCCUCACAGUGGCUCAGCCGUCGCCGGCUCCACUCCCGCUCCAGUCCGGCCCCCACAGUGGCUCAGACGUCGCCUGCUCCACUCCGGCCCGAGUCCGGCCCCCACAGUGGCUCAGCCGUCGCCGGCUUCAGUCCGGCCCGAGUCCGGCCCCCACAGUGGCUCAGCCGUCGCCGGCUUCAGUCCGGCCCGAGUCCGGCCCCCACAGUGACUCAGCCGUCGCCGGCUUCAGUCCGGCCCGAGUCCGGCCCCCACAGUGGCUCAGCCGUCGCCGGCUUCAGUCCGGCCAGAGUCCGGCCCCCACAGUGGCUCAGCCAUCGCCGGCUCCAGUCCGGCCCGCACAGUGGCUCAGCCGUCGCCGGCUCCAUGGCUCCGCCGUCGACGACUCCACUCCGUCCCUGGUCCGGCCCCCAAAGUGGCUCAGACGGCGCCAGCUCCAGUCCGGCCCGAGUCCGACCACCACAGUGGCUCAGCCGUCGCCGGCUCCAGUCCGGCCCACAGAGUGUCUCCACCGUCUCCGGCUCGAGUCCGGCCCCCAGAGGGGCUCCGCCGUCGCCGUCUCCAGUCCGGCCCCGAGAGUGUCUCCGUCGUCUCCGGCUCCAGUCCGGUCUGAGUCCGGCCUGCAGAGGGGCUCAGCCGUCGCCGGCUCCAUGGCUCAGCCGUCCCCGGCUCCACUCCGGCCCGAGUCCGGCCCCCACAGUGCCUUAGCCGUCGCCGGCUCCACUCCGGCCCGAGUCCGACCCCCACAGUGGCUCAGCCAUCGCCGGCUCCAGAGAGGCCACCAGGGGGGCUCCGCCGUCGCCGGCUCCAUUCCUGCCCGAGUCCGGCCACCAGAGAUGCUCCGCCGUCCCCGGCUCCACUCCGGCCCGAGUCCGGCCCCCACAGUGGCUCAGCCGUCGCCGUCUCCUCUCCUGCCCGAGUCCGUCCCCCACAGUGGCUCAGCCGCCGCCGGCUCCAGUCCGGACCGAAUACUACCUGUCCAGGUAACUCACAUCCACACAUAUCUGUACUGA